AUGGCUUCCGCAACGAACAGUGGUUUCCCUACCAACUUCAUCUUGACCCCGCAGCAACAAAGCCUGCUGUUUGCCGCCCUCAACUCGAAUAAGCAGCAGUUGGCAAACCAGUCUCCGGGUAAUAAGGCCACCUCGAUGUCGCCCUCGUCCUUCCAGACCUCCCCGGCCCAGGCCCCUGCAAACGGUUUCCAGGAGAGUCCUUAUCUGGACAAUUACGACUACGAUUUUGGCGACUCCAGCUUUGACUUUGACUUUGCCAAUGACCAAGGCAAGAUGAUUGGCGAUAUUCCUGGAACUGCCACGUCCACCAAGUCAGACUCUACUGAGAACGAAACUUCCGACAAGAGAGCACACCCCGACGAUGAGGACGACGAUGCCUCUCCUGGAAACGGCGCCAAGAGACGGGAGAGCACGGAAAAGGUCCCGAAAAAGCCUGGACGUAAGCCGCUUACUUCCGAACCAAGCUCAAAACGCAAGGCCCAGAACCGCGCUGCCCAGCGAGCGUUCCGUGAGCGUAAGGAGAAGCAUUUGAAGGAUCUCGAGACUAAGGUGGAAGAGUUGGAGAAGGCAUCGAAGGAUGCGAACAGCGAGAACAGCCUGUUGAAGGCUCAGAUUGAGAAGAUGACUGCCGAGCUCAACGAGUACAAGACCAAGCUCACAGCCAUGAGCACUCUCUCCGUCACCCGCAACAAGUCGCCCAUGGGUUUUGGCGCACCUGUAAUCAGCAACCUGAGCGACGUCAACUUUCAAUUCGAGUUUCCCAAGUUUGGUGUUCUCCCGGGAGCUCAGAUGCCUAAACCCGCCCAGCGAUCAGGGUCUUCGGCCUCGCCUCGGACCAACGGUAGCAACCCCGUAAGCCCUCUCAACAAGGACAACAACAGCCCAAAUAUCAUCAACGGACUCGACUUUAGCACAAAGGACGACUUGGCCACUUUCACCUCCCUCUUCAGCCCAUCAAUGACCAAUGGCUCCAACGGCACCGGUACGUCGCGAGCCAGUGUCGAUUCGGGCCCAUACAGCAUGCACAAUGGCACGUCGACCAGCUCGCCGUCAGCAUCAUCUCAGUCAAAUGCUGGUCCCAGUUCGUCUUGCGGAACGUCCCCAGAACCUUUCACCCAGUCACCCAUGGGCUUCAAACCUGUUGACACUAUGACUACCAUUGGCGAGGAACAGUCGACCGGCCAACAGUCGCUAUUUGCUGGAAUCGACACCAACAGCAUUGACUGGCUUGCCCAACAGAACGGUGGUCAGUUUGAUCCUCAACUUUUCGGAGAUUACAGGGAACCUCAAGAGAACAUCCUUGGGAGCAACAAUCUAGAUGACAGCUUCUUCAACGAUGCCCUCGACGCCGACUUCUUUACGCCCUACAACAUGGCACCUAGCCCUGCUGUGCCUAAGAAGAACCUAAUUGACCAGAUUGAUGCCGCCAAGAAUGCCGACGAUGACGUGAUUAAGGAUGCCGUUAAAGCCGAGAACUACAACUGCAACAAAAUAUGGGAAAAAUUGCAGAACUGCCCUAACGUGAAGAGUGGUGAAUUCGAUCUCGAUGGCCUCUGCUCCGAGCUCCAGAAGAAGGCCAAGUGCUCGGGUCAGGGGCCUGUUGUUUCCGAGACGGACUUUCAGACAGUCGUAAACAAAUGGAUGGGCAAGGACGCGGCGGCCUGCUUCCAGAACAAGACGGAUGCCUGA